GCGGCAUAGCGAGGAGGUUCUUCUUCGCCUCUUCGACCGACCACACACGCCUAUUAGACGAGGCGGACGUACAUCGUGUAACGUUGGUCGAUGGAGUGACACAGUACGUCAUGGCACCAAAUGGAACCGAUUUGGAAAUUGUCCAAAAAGUACCGCAAUUGCAUUUGGCCAGACUUUUUGUCAAGGACAACGUCCUGUACGGCGCCAAGGUGAUCAACAGGACACUCGGCGAACCCAAACUGGUCUGCGGAAAGAUUUUGGAUGCCGCACUGCAAGAUGUAGGCAUCGACAAAGCCCGAGCGCGAAGUACACUACAUGGCUUGUCAGACUGGGUGCUUGACGGGAUGAGAAUAAAAAAGCGAGUGGACAGCCUCUCCGGGCUCUCCGACGGCGAGCUUAGUGCUAUAGAAGCAAUUGCGAAAGGGUUAUCCACGGAGAAAUACGACACCAGUCGCAUGAUUUGGGAGAAACUAGCUCAGGAAUAUAUUGAUCGAGGUUGCGCUACGGAAGCAGCGCUUUAUCAAAGUAGGGAAGGGGUGUUGACGGAGAUUGAGCACCACGCAGACACGUCAGAACUCGCCAAUACUAGUGGCGGUGCUAUGGCUUUGUUUGAGUUUCAAUAGCUUGCUACCAUGGCAGGAGCUGCAUUGCAUCAUUGGCAAGCUCAUCACGACAAGAGACGUUUAUUGUAUAGUACUCUCCUGUCUAGUGUACCCGUUUUGAUUCUGUU